GACUAGCAAAUUAACAACAACAAUGGCAGCCAAACUCUUCGUAGUCCUCUCCCUGGCCGUGGCGGCGUCGGCCGUGCCGCUGGUGCCGGUGGCGAAGGUGGCGUACGCGGAGGUGGAGGCGCCCGCGCACUACGAGUUCCAGUACUCGGUGCACGACGAGCACAGCGGAGACAUCAAGCAGCAGCAGGAGGCGCGCGCCGGCGACGCCGUGCACGGCUCCUACUCGCUGCUGCAGCCCGACGGCCUGACGCGCGUCGUCGACUACUCCGCCGACAAGGAGCACGGCUUCAACGCCGUCGUGCGCUACGAGGGCCACCCCGCGCCCGCGCCCGCGCACCCCGUCAAGCUCGCCUACGCCGCCCCCGUCGCUAAGCUCGCCUACGCCGCCCCCGUCGCCAAGGUCGCCUACUCCGCCCCUGUCGCCUACGCCGCCCCCGUCGCCAAGGUCGCCUACUCCGCCCCUGUCGCCUACGCCGCCCCCGUCGCCAAGGUUGCCUACGCCGCCCCUGUAGCCAAGGUCGCCUACUCCGCUCCCGUGGCCUACGCCGCCCCCGUCGCCAAGGUCGCCUACUCCGCCCCUGUCGCCUACGCCGCCCCCGUCGCCAAGGUUGCCUACGCCGCCCCUGUAGCCAAGGUCGCCUACUCCGCUCCCGUGGCCUACGCCGCCCCCGUUGCCAAGGUCGCCUACUCCGCCCCUGUCUCCUACGCCGCCCCCGUCGCCAAGGUGGCGUACGCGGAGGUGGAGGCGCCCGCGCACUACGAGUUCCAGUACUCGGUGCACGACGAGCACAGCGGAGACAUCAAGCAGCAGCAGGAGGCGCGCGCCGGCGACGCCGUGCACGGCUCCUACUCGCUGCUGCAGCCCGACGGCCUGACGCGCGUCGUCGACUACUCCGCCGACAAGGAGCACGGCUUCAACGCCGUCGUGCGCUACGAGGGCCACCCCGCGCCCGCGCCCGCGCACCCCGUCAAGCUCGCCUACGCCGCCCCCGUCGCUAAGCUCGCCUACGCCGCCCCCGUCGCCAAGGUCGCCUACUCUGCCCCCGUUGCCAAGGUCACCUACGCCAACCCUGUAGCCUACGCCGCCCCUGUAGCCAAGGUCGCCUACUCCGCCCCUGUCUCCUACGCUGCCCCCGUCGCCAAGGUCGCUUACAGCGCACCGCUUGGUCACGUUACCUUCGCCUCUCCCGCCGUCUCCUAUCAUCACUAAGUUAUAUUGUUGACGUUAUUAUUUAUUUAUAUGAAUAGAUGCUAAUAAAUUAUUUUCAUACUGA